CCGAACCUGGUCCAGCUGAAGAAAAACAAAGCAGACGGUGAGCCGGUCUGAGGGAUCCGGAUCCUCCUUUAGGGUUUAACGCAAACCAGAUGGUCUGUGUGCAAACUUUGCGCACAUUUGGUUCUUUUGUCUUUUGACCCGCAGCUUCUGCUGCCUUGUUGUGACGGUUCAAAGGACUAAACCAGAACCGAGUCUGACUCGGUGACGAUGUCUGACUGCUCCGGUUUCUGCUCUGCGCCUUUGGACUUGUUUUGGACCGAACAGAGUCCAGAACGAAGAGGAGGAUGAAGUGGAUCUGCAGAGGAAAGUAAACUUUCUUCUCAUGCUCCUCCGUUUGGGUCGGGUUCUGGUUCCCGAGGUCGGGAUGCUGCUCCGCCGCCGGUCCUGCUCCGGGCCGCUGGUUCUGCUCGGGGUGGCCGUUUGUCUGUUCUACCAAACCCUGAUGGUGGCCCGGAACCGGCUCCGGUCCGGACCACCAGCUGAUGUUCACAGUAAAGCUUCAGAUGAAGUUCUGCUGGACGGAACCGGACGACUCGUUUCCGCUCUGGAAAAUUUACACAGACACACGGAGGAGGCGGGGCAGUGGGCGGGUCACAGGCGGCAGGCCGUGGUUCUGACCGGUCAACACGCCGCCUCGGACACAGAGGUCCAACUGUACCAGCAGGUUCUGGAGCAGAAAGGUUAUGAGGUUCAUCUGUCCCAAUACGCCGAGACCAGCCGCAUCCUGAAAACCCGUAAUGCCGGUGGGUGGAGCCUCUUGCUGUGUCUCCGCUCUUCAGAGCAGAGUUGUCGUCGUAGAGUCUCCGCCUCUCACCUGCGGUCACGUCACAUGGUCAACAUGGUGGCGGCGCUGACUGAGGCGUUCUCUGAUGCUGGCGACGGCCGCUGUCACGUGAUCAAACAUGCUGCAGUCAAGUUGCCCGUAAGUCCUCACGCCUGUGGGUCGAGCAGCGAGCACUUACAGACCGCCACGGGCUCACCCGAAGCCAGCAGCCCCUCAACAGGUCAGGCCACGCCUCCUCACUCUGUUGCCAUGGUGACAGUGUAUGUCCUGGUGACAUCAGCGACGCCGCUGACCGCCUUCCUGCAUGAUGUCAGUGUGGUGUCGACAAAUCGUGACACAAAGAGGCGGUCCGUGCAGCUGAUGUCAUUCCUCCUGCAGACAUUUGGACCCUCAGUGUCCCAUGUUGCUUUGGGGCGGGUCAAGAAAGUGAUCGGGGAGGUGCUUCAGGCAGCUGUGUUGACCAAUCAGGAGGCUCACAGGUGUGUUCUGUGUUUCCAGCUGCUCACAUUAACUCUGCAUCUCAGUGAAACUCUGACACCCAUCAUCCUGAAGGUCGACACCGAUGUGAUGUUUUCGUCUCUGAGUGACGAUGUUUUUGUGCAACGGAUCAGCAGAGAGAUGGUACUCGAGGACGCGCUCAAUUUCCUUCUUCCGAUGGAGAGUGGACAGUACGGUGGCUGCAGAGGGACAUUUGAUGUCUGUUUGUCAGAAGACGAGCUGAUGAUGUUGCUUCAGUUUCAUCGUCAGAUAGCCACGCCCACAAAUUUUCAACUGCUGUUUCCCUGCUCGUCUUGCUCAGCGGGUUCUGAUCCUGGUUCUGGUCUGUCCGGUCUCCUGUUUAGACUCAGUCAGUACUAUGAGCAAAAGAGGAAUCACAGCUCCAGAUAUGACCACAUGGACGUGUUGACCAAUCAGAAUUCAUCCUUGACAUCUUCUCUGCAUGCCGCAGGCCGAGGAUCCUGCGUGACCCCUCACCUCAGGCAGAUCUACACUGACCCCCCGCUCAGUCUAACUCCCUCCUUCAGCCCCUUCGUGAAGACCUAUUACACAGAGGUGACCUUUGACACUGUGAUGGUUCGAAUCCGGCCAGAACCCAUCAACUCAGCCUGCUACGUUCACCUCGAUGACCACAACGGACCCAGGAUGGCUCACUACCCUAUUGGCCUCGGGAACAGCAGGAUUAGCAUCCUGGUGAUGGAUGAAGUAUCACCAGAGCCUGUUGCCAUGACGAUUUACACCUUGUAUGUGUACCGUGAGAGCCGACCCAGUUUGCCGAUGUUUGGGGAUCAUGUCAUGUGCCGUUUUGUGCAGGACUGUGGGCUGUUGGUUCAGCUGGAUCGGCCCUGUGGGCUGCAGCUGGUCCCUGUAUCUCAGAAUCCACGUGAGAUCUGUAGUUCUGGGGACGUCCCAGGUUUGUGGGAGGUGCCUUGUCUCACCUGUGCUGAUAACAGGACGUGUGAUUGGAGGGAAGUUGCCUGGCAACCUGAGGGCUGUCAUUAUCCUGUGCUGGACGGCCCACAGCUGCAGGACUGCAUGACGGACAGGAAGCUGCUGUUCAUCGGUGACUCCACAAACCGCGGGAUGAUGUACUUCCUGGUGGAGCGGGUCAACUUGAGCCUGGAGGACUGGGGGAAGGCUCACGACACGCUGACCUACAACCACCUGAACGCGGGCCGAACCCACGUCAGCUACUCCUACUACCCGCAGUUCUGGCUGGAAAAGAAGCGCCGGCCCACCUUCAGGCAGGCGCUGGAACAGCUGCUGCACAGGUCGCGACCCCUGGUGAACUCCAAUCUGACUGUGCUGGUGGUGGGCGGAGUCCAGUGGCUCAACACUAAUCACCUGACCAUCAUCAGAGACCUUUUGGAAAGAGAAACUCUCACCAACAUCCUGGUGGUGGUCAAGUCUCUGGGGAUGGGCUUCCAUCUUCCUGGCGAAGACGUCCGCUCCCUCAGCCUGAAAGAAAUUCAGCAGCUUUACCAUGACAACCACAACAUCAUAAGUGCAGCAAAGCAUCUUGGGUAUGAGGUUAUUGACACAUUCAGCAUCACAAUGGGUCGAUACAAAGAGUUCCUGCAGGGACGAUGUGCGUGCCAUUUUCAUGAGGUGGAGAAGUUAAGAUCUUCUAAGGCUCCGCCCCUCAGGAAGACAAAGAACCUUCAUCAAAGUGCCAGAAACACAGAAUCCAAAAUUACCAGAUCCAGACCUAGUCUCAGUAGCCAGUCCAUGGCCUUGGACACAGACCAGUGGGCGGGGUCUUACAGCUCAUCCUAUCACGUGACAGGGCCAGUAAACCAGGUGUAUUCUGAGAUCCUGCUGAGCCGCCUUUGCUCCGCCCACAGGUAAAGCCCUCCUGGAAGAGUCAACAAAUCAGGACUGUCAGAGUCCUGAGGGUUCAACUGGUCAGCAGCUGUCAAAGGUCAGCAGGGUCAAAGGUCAUCAACUGUAGGGAUGAGAUGACAAAAACUUUGUCCUGUCCAAGACUGAAAAAUACCAACAGCGGGGAAAAAUCAAAUCAUGGUGAUAGCAUUCCGAUGGCAUUCCAGAACAACAGCUACGUGCUGGUUGGCUGAAAUCACCAGAGUGACACAUGAUCACGUCUGAGCUUUAUGGAGUCAUGAUUUGUUUUUAGUGGAGUCAUGGUUACAAGAUGUUGACAUCAUCAGUUCACGUGUACGUUCCCGUGUUAGGAUGUUGGCCUCACGUUCUCUCACGUUAUCUUGUUCCAACACAAAUUAUGGAUUCAGAAUCACUCCAUAUUGAUGACAUCAUCGUCUCCUUCCCCUUACACUGAUUUCAUUCCCACACAUGAUGAUGCCAUAAUAAUGUUGUAGUGAUGUCAUAGUUAUGUGACAUUCCUGUGAAUGAUUAAUGAUUUCCACGAGUUAUCAGUGUUUAAAUCCCAUCAAUAAUCAGGUCAAUGGCCUGACCACAAGAUGUGAGUGCCGCACUUCCUGUGUGAGCGCUACGUGUUUCCUGUGUGAGUGGCGCAUUUCCUGUGUGAGCGGUGCAUUUUCUGUGUGAGCGUCACGCGUUUCCUGUGUGAGUGGUGCAUUUCCUGUGUGAGCGGUGCAUUUUCUGUGUGAGCGUCACGCGUUUCCUGUGUGAGUGGUGCAUUUCCUGUGUGAGCGCCGCACUUCCUGUGUGAGCGCUACGUGUUUCCUGUGUGAGUGGCGCAUUUCCUGUGUGAGCGGUGCAUUUUCUGUGUGAGCGUCACGCGUUUCCUGUGUGAGUGGUGCAUUUUCUGUGUGAGCGUCACGCGUUUCCUGUGUGAGUGGUGCAUUUUCUGUGUGAGUGGUGCAUUUUCUGUGUGAGCGUCACGCGUUUCCUGUGUGAGUGGUGCAUUUUCUGUGUGAGCGGCGUGCGUUUCCUGUGUGAGCGACGCAUUUCCUGUGUGAGCGUCACGUGUUUCCUGUGUGAGCACCUGCAUUUCCUGUGUGCGUGCUGUGUUUCCGAGCGCUACAUGCCCUGUGUGAGCGCCGCGUUUCCUCUGUGAGCGUUGCGUGUCCUGUAUGCUCACUGCGUUUCCUGUGUGAACAUUACAUUUCCCUGGUGCACACUGCAUUUCCUGCAUCAGCGCCACAUUUUCUGUGCGUGCACCUUGUUUCUUGCAUGAGCACCGCAUUUAUUUUUUAGGCGUCAUGUUUCCUGUGUGAGAGCGCCAGUUCCUGUGUGUGUGCCUUGUUUCCUGUGUGCACCUUGUUGUUUGUCACCAUCCCUUUUUGUUUUGCUGUGUCACUUUUCAGCGUUGUGUUUUCUUUGUGGGCGUUGCUUUUAUUUCAUUGUAACCACGUCGUGCUUGUUGAUAACUAACUCCGUGAUCAGGUUGGAACUUUUGGUGUUGUUUGUAGUGUCUGAGUGCUCUUCUAGUUUCUUAUGCUCAGAAAUCACACACAUUUUUCUUUAGAAUUUUUUUUAAGUUGAUUUCUGGGUUGGAAAUAAAUGAAUAUUUGAUACCAAAAACAAACUGAGGUUUUAUACCGUAAAAAUGUCUUAAUGUGUCAGUUCGUUUUCUAUAUUUUUCUACAUAUGUUUAUUUCUAUAUUUAAAUAAGAUGGAAAGCAGAUUAAUAUUUAUACUU